CGUGAUCAGCAUCAUGAAGGCUCUGACCGCCACACUUCUCUGCGUGCUCGCAGUGACUGCAUUUGCUGCACCUCCGCAUUCUUUGCAUGAUACUUUCAUCCCCAUCGUAGCUUCGCAGCAGGACGGACCAAAUCCUGACGGUUCAUAUAGCUAUGGCUACCAGACCGGAAAUGGCAUCCAAGCACAGGAGCAGGGUCAGCUUUUCAAUAUCGCCAAAGACGAGGACGCUCUUCGCGUUCAGGGAUCUUUCAGUUAUACUGAUAACAACGGCAUUCCCAUCAGCUUGAGCUACAGCGCCGAUGAAACUGGUUUCCAUCCUCAGGGCGAGCAUCUGCCAAUCGCACCUCCAAUCCCUUCUGCUAUCGUGAGAGCCUUGGAGUACAAUGCCCAACAUCCCGAGGAAGACAACCUGUAGAAGCAUUAUAGUAACGUACAGACUAUUCAGACUGAAAUUUUAUCAGUAAUCCUUCGAUCUUAAUAUUAUAUGCAAAAUUA